UUUCAAGAUCGCUGCUUCAAGAAUUUUUUGUCUCUCCCUGCCGCUCGCCCGCUUAGCUUUCCAUCGUCCGUGCAGUUACUGCCUUUCCGAUUCAUUCAUUUUAUAGCAAUUGGAGGCUUUGAACUAUCCUUGAACUACUUCAUCAAACGCACGGCGGGAAUUCUUUGUAGAUCACUCGUGCUUCGCUCGCCUUUUCUGCUGCUUUUUAUGCCUGAUUUAUUCGACUUCAGGGUGGGUGGUGUCACAGUACAAUGAUCGAGAGACCCGAUUCUGCUGUAUCCAGCGUUGCACAGAGGAAUCUGGAGGGCUAUGUGGGCUUCGCCAACCUCCCCAACCAGGUCUACAGGAAGUCGGUCAAGAGGGGCUUCGAGUUCACCCUCAUGGUCGUCGGUGAGUCUGGAUUGGGGAAAUCUACGCUCAUCAACUCCCUGUUCCUGACGGACCUGUACUCCAAGGAGUACCCCGGCCCUUCCCAGCGCAUCAAGAAGACCGUGCAGGUGGAGCAGUCCAAGGUGCUGGUGAAGGAGGGAGGUGUGCAGCUCACCCUGACUAUUGUGGACACACCUGGGUUCGGAGAUGCAGUCGACAACAGCAACUGUUGGCAGCCGGUCAUCAACUAUAUUGACAAUAAAUUUGAGGACUUCCUGAAUGCGGAGUCUCGCGUCAACCGAAGACAGAUGCCCGACAACCGGGUGCACUGCUGCCUGUAUUUCAUCGCCCCCUCUGGCCAUGGGCUGAAGCCCCUGGACAUUGAGUUCAUGAAGAGGCUGCAUGACAAGGUCAACGUCAUCCCUCUCAUUGCCAAGGCCGACACACUCACGCCAGAGGAAUGCCAACUCUUCAAGAAACAGAUCAUGAAGGAGAUCCAGGAACACAAGAUCAAGAUUUACGAGUUUCCUGACACGGAUGACGAUGAGGACAGCAAGCUUAUCCGCAAAAUCAAGGACCGUAUGCCCCUGGCCGUGGUGGGCAGCAACGUGGUGGUGGAAGUGAACGGCCGCAAGGUCAGAGGUCGGCAGUACCCCUGGGGCGUGGCAGAAGUGGAGAAUGGCGAGCACUGUGACUUCACCGUCCUCAGGAACAUGUUGAUAAGGACUCACAUGCAGGACCUGAAGGAUGUGACCAAUAACGUCCACUACGAGAACUACCGCAGCAAGAAGCUGGCGGCGCUCACGUGUAACGGCGUCGACACGACCAAGUCCAAGGGCCAACUCACAAAGAGUCCCCUGGCCCAGAUGGAGGAGGAGAGGCGAGAGCAUGUGAUGAAGAUGAAGAAGAUGGAGACGGAGAUGGAGCAGGUGUUUGAAAUGAAGGUCAAAGAGAAGAAACAGAAGCUGAAGGACUCUGAGGCAGAGCUGGAGCGUCGUCAUGAGCAGAUGAAGAAGAACCUGGAGGCGCAGUACAAGGAGCUGGAGGAGAAGAGGCGCCAGUUCGAGGAGGAGAAGAACAACUGGGAGACCCAGCAGCGCAUCCUGGAGCAGCAGAAACUAGACGCCUCCAAGACCAUGGACAAAAACAAGAAGAAAGGGAAGAUCUUCUAAGGAAGACGAGGCCAAGCUUUCACUCUGAUCACCCUUCUUCAGACCCGCGUUUUGCUUUUUGUUUCUUGUUGAUGCUCACAGUAUGAUAUAGGACCAUCAUACACACACACACACACAGAGAAACGCAUGAACACACACACACACACACACACACACACACACACACACACACACACACACACACACACACAUACACACACACACAGUUCAUUAACAUUUGCUCCAUGUACGUGGACAUUCCAUGUUAACAUUCCUUCAUUGUGUAUAUAAUUUAACCUCCUGAGUUGUUUUUAUUUUAUUUUUAAUCUUUACAUUGGCCUUAUACAGUGUCAGAGCAGCUUAAACAGUACACACACACACUCACACACACACACACGCAAGGAAACCUAGUUCUCUCAAGGCCUGCCGGUAUGUCUUUGGGGGUGGUUGUUGUAUGCAAGUUUAGCGAGAGCAUCACCGGACGUGACAAGGAGGUGAAGUUGAUCCUCUGCUCCUCAAGCUGCUGUUUCCUCUGCCUGAAACUUCUUAUGAUGAUGUAACGUCUCUUCUUUCGCCUCCCCGAUCACAACGCACCCCACCCACACCCACCUACAGCCCCCCACCCCCAACCCGGGGGAAACCAGGAACUGUUAGCCUAACUGCUCAUAGGUACCAUAGCUGUCACGGGUCUGACAAACUGUUGGGUCCACCAAAAGCGUGCACACACACAGACACACACGCACACGGACACACACACAAUACACAAACACGCACACAAGACACACACACACACACACACACACACACACACACACACACACACACACACACACACACACACACACACACACACACACACACAAAGAUGAUUAUUAUGGGGAAGUUGUCUUUCAAGAGGGAAUAUAAUAAACAAAACAAAAGUGCUAAAGGAAUGCAGAGGAAUGGGAUAAAUAAAAGAAAGUAAAGAGUUUUGAGUUGCCGGGAUUUCCACUGUGGACAUGGUGUGGUAGGCGUGUAAUGUAUGUGGAGUGGUACAUAGCAAGUGAUGGACAUUUUAUAGUGGUGGCUUUUUAUUUCAGGAUUGGCUCCUGUUCUCCCGCACCAUUCACAUGUGUGGGUUGGGAGUGUGUAUGUGGGAGGGGGAGGGACAUAAUAUUUGUGUGCGUGUGUGUGUGUGCUAAGAAAUGAACUCAACUGUACAUUACAGAUGCUCGGGAGGUGUUCUAGAUUAUUGCCUGUACUUACUUCCUUGCCUAUUUUCAUUUAGAUUUUUUUUAUUUUUUUGCUUUUCCUCCAGUUUUUACGUUGCCAUUUUACUUUUUUUUUUGUUCAGAAGACACUGUCCAAAAGCCUUCCCUUUUUCACACUUGCGCUGGAUGUGUAACUUUAGUCUCCCUGUUAGAUGGUUGUUAUGCAAAAAGCAUGAGUAAACAAUAACGGAUGAUGUUUUUUUAAUGACUGCAGUAAAUCUAGUAAUAACAAUGAAGAAAGAUCAGUCACCCAUCUUCCUUCUUUACCAUUUAAAAAGAAAACCGUACGGUUUGGUCCGCUGUGUCCCUUGUUUACUUUCUUAAUUUUUUUUGUGUGUGUUAUUAUUAUUAUUUUAUUGUGAAGUGAUGGAUCUCAUGUUAAAAGCCCUUGUUCAUGUCCUCGCCUCCUUGCCCUUCAGUGCAAUGUAAUGACUUCCGUAGGUUGGGAGAGCGGAGUGUGUGGAGGGCGUCUUGCCUCUCCGUGCAUGACCUAGCUAAACCUCUCCACACCACCCAACCACAUCGCGUCUCACCUCACCUAGCGUCACAUCCGACCUCCAACCUCUCUGCAGCCUCCACGCAAAUAAGUUGAAUUUAAAGUUUGUUUUGUUUUUAAGAAGCCUGUUAAAUCUUCCUCACGUAGUACGUAAGACUUAUGUUUGCACAACCAAUGUUUGCACAGUUUGUCACAUGUUCUCUUUAGCACCACAAUCCACUGGCUGGUUGUACUGUACUGUAAAAGGCUACUUUGCUGUCUGUCAGAUGGCACUAUGCAUGUGUAAGUAAUUUAAUGUCUUAAAACCAAGUCUGCAAAAAUCACACACAAGUCUAGUACAGUUAUACACAGUAGAAUAUUUUUAUUGGGUGAUUUUUUGUUGUUGUUGUGAUGGAAGGCUGCGUUGGGUUGCAUUGUGAGGGGGAAAGUCAAAGGUGAAGGCUUGGAGUCAAAGGUUGUGACUUGUUGCCAGGCAACAAGGGAGGUAGGGGCCUUUCACAUAUAGGGCACCAUUUAAUUAACCACUUCGAGAACAGAGCCAGGAAUCCUGUUUUAAUGCUAAACCUGAUCAUGACUUUAGCUAUUGUUUUUUUGUUUUGUUUCUUAUUAUUUUUAUAUAUAUUAUAUAUGUAAACGGUUUUCAACUUUUCAUCUUUUUUUGUCUUCAUUUUAUGAUAAUGUUCUGUAUACCUAACUGUAUAUUAAUUAUAUUAAAGAUGGGAAGGUGAUGCCAUAA